UCCUUGAUCCUUACUCUCUUCCGGGCUCUAAUCUCUCUCUCUCUCUCAACAUUUCUUGAACCAAAAAAGUCCGAUCUUCGUCACGAAUUGCUGGAAUUCGACAUUUGUACCCUCCUGGUUCAUGAUUAUGGGGAUCAACAGCAACUUUUUUCUGUCGUAGAAAUUAUUUCUUCUGAUUGGAUCGCCUUCACGUAGAUUUAAAAGUCUGCAUGAGGGUCGUGUGUAAUUAAAUAUAUCUUGCGACUGCUGAUAAUUUUGAACUCGAGCUAGCUAUAUCUGCACCAUCAUGGAUACCGAAAUCAGUGAGAAAACAUCUGGAACUCGACCCAAAUGGCGAAAGGUCGCAUAUGGAGGGAUGCAACUUGGGUUUGAUGACAACCACACCGACGAAUCUUUUCUCGAGGAUAUGGUCAUGAAUGCCAAUGUUGUUAAGAGGAACAUGCUAAAAGUGAUGCAGGAUUCAGUUUCCAUUUCUCAGUAUCUGUGUAUUGUUGCGCUUGUGGGCUUGGUUUGGACCUAUACUCUGAGAUCAGUUCUAGAUGAGAAUUCUCUUUUGCUUCUUGACGUCGGUCUUCUUGGAUUGGGCUUCGCGGUUCUUUCAUUAACUGGAGAGAUGAUCUCCCUCAAGCUCCUCUUACAUUAUCUCCUCAACAUUUCCUUUUUCACUACCGGGUUGUAUAUUCUAGCUCCCGUCUAUCACACUCUCACAAGAUCUAUCAGCUCAGACUCCAUUUGGGUGGUGACCGUUUUGCUUCUUCUUCUCCAUCUCUUUCUCCACGAUUACUCGGGAUCCACCGUACGAGCUCCGGGGGCUCUUCAGAAUCCUACCUUAACCAGCUGCAUCUCUUUGAAUGCUUCAAUUGUUGCUUCUGUUUUCAUCGCUUCGCGUCUUCCGUCAAGGCUCCACGUGUUUGCCAUCAUGUUAUUCUCCCUGCAAGUCUUCCUCUUUGCUCCAUUGGUGACUUACUGUAUUAAGAAGUACUCAUCAUGCUUGCACCUAUGUCUUUCUUUUUGCCUUAUGACCGUGACAUUGGGGUUCGUGUAUUCCCUGCAUCGGCUGCUCUUUGUGACGUUGUUAGGGUUGCUGGUUUUUGUAAAUGUGGUCUGCCCGUAUUGGCUUAUAAGAAUUCAGGAAUAUAAAUUUGAGAUCAAUGGUCCAUGGGAUGAGGCUAAGCUUUGUUUCGAUAUAACAGAUUGAAAGUUUUAGAUCCUAGAAAUGUUUCUAUAGGGAUUUGAAAAUUACUGAACAAGAUUCAUUGUUUCGUUUU